AUGAAUUGGAAUAAUAUAAUAUCAAGCAGGACUGCUCGUAUUUUGAGAAAUGUUAAUCCUGAUUGUAAAUCACAAAAUUCUCCUACAGUCCAACGAUUUAACACACUAGAACAGAACAUACAAACUACUUCUAGCAAUCAUGAAUUAGAUGAUUCUAUUGUAUUGCCCGUGUCUCCAACUGAAUCGAGUUUACAAGAACUACCAGAAAUCUUGAAUAGCGAAACUGAAUGUGUUUCUAGUUGUCAGGAGCCGGUAGAUGUUUGUGUAUUUUCUGUAUCAAUGUCUCAUACCGAUUCGACUCUAGUGGAACUACCAGAAACCCUGAGUAAUGAGCCUAGAGAUGUUUUUAAGAGCUAUGAGCCUGUAGACGACUUGACUCCAGAGGAACUACCAAAAACCUUGACUAGUGAGCCUGAGGGUGUUUUCAGUAGACAUAGGCCUGCAGAUAAAUUUGUAUCGCCUGUGUCUCAAACCGACUCGUCUCUAAUGGAGCUGCGAGAAACUUCAACUCAUAAACUCGAAGAUGUUCCUCAAGCAAAGUCGCCCAAAACCGAAGUGUCAGUCAGCACACAAGUAAGAAAAAAUGAAAAUAUUACCCACAGUCAUCCUCAACCUGGAUGUAGUAAUUUUUAUACUGUUGCAUGUAGCUCAGAACGUCCUACAUUGUUGCAUUUAAUGCAAAAAAAGACAACAAAUUACUAUGUCUCACCUAUGCAUAGCAAUGAAAGCGACGUUGAUGACUCGGAUGCAGAUCCGGAUUUCCUUAGUGGAAAUGAAAGCUCACAAAGUAGUAGUUCUUCGAUAGAAAGCCAUCAAGAAGUUGAAAGCGAAAACCAAACAGUUAAUCAAGAAGUUGUAAACGAAAACGAAACAGAAGUUAAAAAAGGUAAAAAGAGAAAAUCUAAUUUUGGAAAAUGGAAGUUUCAAGAAACCAAAUUUCUAAGAAAUUCUGGACAAGCGUAUGUCUCUUUGUCAAAAAGUAAAAAAACGUUUCCAAAAAAAAAAUUGCUCCCGUCAUGUGGCGAAAAAUGUCGGUUCCAGUGUAGUAAUAAAAUUAACGAAGACAUUCGAAAAGAUAUUUUUUCCGGGUACUGGGCGCUUGCUGAUCUAAAGCAGAGGGAAUUUAUCAUAAGACACACAGAGCCGAUUAAACCAAAGUACCGUUACUCAUGUACACAAAAUUAUCGGAAUAUGAACUCGGCAUUCUAUUUUGAGGUAGACGGUAAUCGCAUUAGAGUGUGUAAAACUUUUUUCAAAGCAACGCUGAGUAUUAACGAUAGACCGAUCCGCACAGCAUUGGCAAAAAAGACUGAGAAAGGCUUUCUAACUGAUGAUAAAAGGGGGAAACAUGGAAACCAGCCCAACGUAAAUCCCGAAAUUAAAGAAAGUGUAAGGAUUUUUAUAAAUGCGAUACCCCGAAUCGAGUCACACUAUUUAAGGGCUCAGACUACCCGAGAGUACAUUGAUAGUAGUAAAAACCUAGCGGACCUCUACCGGGAUUAUAAAGAAGAUCGAGAGAGGCAGCAGCUUCCAUUUGCUAAUAGUGUAAUGUUCAAUCGCAUCUUCAAUGGCGAAUAUAAUAUAUCCUUUUUCAUCCCAAAGAAGGAUCAAUGCGACUUUUGCGAGAGUUUUAAAAAUGCUGACAACGAGGCAAAACAAAAAUUACUAGAGAGCUACAACGCUCAUAUAAAUGAAAAAAAACUCUCGCGUUUAGAAAAAGAAGCUGAUAAAACGAAUUUGAAUCGUUCAGUAGUCGCAGUAUAUGACCUGCAAGCGGUAAUGCCAGUCCCUAGAGGACAAAUUUCGUCGUUUUAUUAUAAAAGCAAAUUGAAUUGUUUCAAUUUCACAAUCAGCGACUUACAUGCAAAAGACGUACAUUGUUACUUCUGGAAUGAGACUGAAGGGAAGCGUGGAGCAAUUGAAAUUGGAAGCUGCGUACUUGGUUACCUUAAGCAACUUGUUGACAAACAUGCUGAUUCUGAGAACCCUUUGGAUGUUAUAUUCUACUCAGACAAUUGCUGUGGUCAGCAGAAAAACAAAUAUGUGCUAACUGCCUAUUCUUAUGCCGUUAAUAAGCUCCCAAUUCGAAGCAUAACUCACAAGUACUUGAUACAUGGACAUUCUCAAAAUGAAGGCGACAAUGUACAUAGUAUUAUUGAGAAACAAAUAACUAAAUAUCUCAAAUCUGGACCAAUUUAUGUGCCAGAUGAAUAUGCAACACUAAUUCGAACUGCAAAAAGACAUGGUCCACCAUACAUAGUUCAUGAACUCACCUUCGAAGAUUUUUAUGAUUUAAAAACAUUACAAGAAGAAUGGCGGAAAAACUUCACAAUGGACACAGAAAAAGAGAAGGUUACUUGGCAUGACAUAAAGGUUCUUAAAGUGGAAAAAACGACAUCCGGAUUCAUUUUUUUUCAAAACCUCCUAUGA